CACUCACUUCUUCUCCAUUUCCAGCUUACUAACUUUUACCAGUUCAAACAACACCCACAAAAGAUUACUAAAGAAAAUUUCAAGAUUUUUACCAUAUCAAACACAACCACCACAACCCUCUUUAAUGUCAAUGAAAACCCAUGUGAACACAUCAUAAAGAAGCCAAUUUUCUUUAAUUAAAACUUUGUGCACGCAACGUAUUUGAUAAAAUGUCUCAAUGAGUUGAAAAGUGGUAAUUCUUUUGGUUUUGAGAUUGUAUUUAUUUACCCUUCUGUUUGGAGUUAUUAUAUGUGGAUUUCUGUGAAGAAUCUUUAGAAAGUUUGGAACUUUAUUGGUGUUUAGUUUCGGGUUUCGGAUUUUUCGAUAAGGACAAGAAGUAGAAGGUGGUUUAGUUUGAGUUAAUAGUUAAGGAUUGGUGUAAAGGUGACAGUUUUUGGGAUGUUUGAGUUGAGGUUUUUGUGGUUUAAAGCAUUUUGUGUUGUGAGUUUGUUGGUGGUUGUGGAUAGUCAAUCUACUCAUCCUACAGAAGUGACAGCACUGCAGGUUAUCAGGGAUAGUCUUGUUGAUCCAGACAACAGUCUCGAUAACUGGAAACGUGGAGAUCCAUGUGUAUCAAAUUGGACUGGGGUCUUGUGCUUUAACAAAACCCUAGACGACAGCUAUCUUCAUGUCCGAGAACUGCAGCUACUUCAUCUCAAUCUUUCAGGAACUUUAUCUCCAGCCCUAGGACGAUUAUCUUAUAUGGAAAUAUUGGAUGUCAUGUGGAACAAGAUAACUGGGAGUAUACCAAGAGAGAUCGGUGAACUUACAAGUUUGAGGCUCUUGUUGCUGAAUGGAAAUGAACUAACAGGUUCGUUACCAGAAGAGCUUGGUUUUCUUCCUAAUCUGGACCGUAUACAGAUUGAUCAGAACCACAUAUCGGGACCAAUACCAAACUCAUUUGCAAAUCUGAACAAGACAAAGCACUUCCAUAUGAACAAUAACUCACUUAGCGGGCAAAUUCCUCCUGAGCUAUCUAGAUUGCCAUCACUUGUUCAUAUGCUGCUUGACAACAAUAAUUUAUCAGGCUCACUUCCUCCUGAGCUUAGUGAACUGCCGAGCCUACUUAUCCUUCAACUUGACAACAACCAGUUUGAUGGUAGUAUACCUCCAUCUUACAGCAACAUGCUUCAGUUGUUGAAGUUGAGUUUGAGGAAUUGCACCUUGCAGGGACCAAUCCCUGAUCUUAGCAGGAUACCAAAUCUUGCUUAUAUAGACCUCAGUAAUAACAAUCUUAAUGGAUCCAUACCAGACAUGAAUCUUUCUGACGAUAUCACAACAAUAGAUCUGUCAAACAAUCAGCUUACUGGACCUAUUCCUCCCAGCUUUUCAGGCCUUCCUAAUCUUCAAAGAUUGUCUCUCUUCAACAAUUCCUUGAAUGGCUCAAUUUCGUCCAAUAUAUGGCAAAACAGGACCUUAAAUUCAACUGAACAACUUACCUUGGAUAUGCAAAAUAAUGAUAUUACAGGUAUUUCAGGCAGUGGCAGUCUCAACCUCCCUCCAAAUGUCACCCUUAGCCUUCAAGGGAACCCUGCAUGCUCAAACUCAAACGUAAGCAUGUCACGAUUCUGUCAACCUUCAUUGGCAUUAGUCAGCCAUUUGCAAAGUAUCCCAUCAAACUCGACUGACAAUUGUCAAGUUCAAUCAUGCCCAAGAAACUAUGAAUAUGCACCAGGGUCUCCUACGCCAUGCUUUUGUGCCGCACCACUGCUUAUUGGCUACCGAUUAAAGAGCCCCGGUUUUUCAUAUUUUCCAGCAUACUUCUAUACAUUUGAGGUGUAUCUAACCUCUGGUCUUAAAAUAAAUCAUUUUCAACUUGAUCUUACAUAUAAAUGGAUAAAGGGUCCUCGACUACAAAUGUAUUUGAAGAUUUUUCCUGUAUUUACUGGACCGGGUUCUGAUACCUUCAAUAGGAGUGAAGUUCUCAGGAUUCGGAGCUUGUUCACGCAAUGGGAGAUUCCAGAUAGUGAAAUAUUUGGACCUUACGAGCUUCUCAAUUUCACACUUUUGGAUCCUUACAAAGAUUUUAUUCCCACACCCUCCUCCUCUUCUGGUAUAAGCAAGGGUGCAUUGGCAGGAAUUAUUGUUGGGGCUAUUGUCGGCGCGGUUUUAUUCUCUGCUUUUGUCUCACUUUAUAUCUUGAGAUUGAAUCGGAAAAAGUACCGUGCAAUUUCAAGAAAACGUCAUGUUUCUAGGGCUUCUCUUAAAAUCGAAGGAGUGAAAAGCUUCACUUAUGAAGAAAUGAAACAUGCUACGAACAAUUUUGAUGUUGGUAGUGAAGUUGGACAGGGUGGGUACGGAAGGGUAUACAAAGGUAUCCUAACUGAUGGUCAUGUUGUUGCAAUCAAACGAGCCGAAGAGGGAUCACUACAAGGUGAAAAAGAGUUUUUUACCGAAAUUGAGCUCUUGUCUAGGUUACAUCACAGGAAUCUGGUUUCUUUGCUUGGAUUCUGCGAUGAAGAGGGUGAGCAGAUGUUGGUUUAUGAGUUCAUGUCAAAUGGAACUCUCAGAGAUCAUUUAUCAGUUUCCGAGAAGUAUAAACAGCCCUUGAGUUUUGCUAUGAGAUUAAGAGUUGCAUUGGGUUCCGCCAAGGGUAUUCUCUACCUACAUACCGAAGCUAAUCCACCGAUAUUUCAUCGAGAUAUUAAGGCCACGAACAUCUUGUUGGACUCCAAAAUGAUUGCAAAGGUUGCUGAUUUUGGACUUUCACGACUUGCUCCAGUUGCCGACUUGCAAGGAAUUGUUCCUGGUCAUGUAUCAACAGUUGUUAAGGGAACUCCGGGUUACCUUGACCCGGAGUAUUUCCUGACUCAUAAACUAACAGACAAAAGCGACGUUUAUAGUUUGGGGGUUGUUUUUCUUGAACUCUUAACGGGGAUGCACCCGAUCACACAUGGCAAGAACAUUGUUCGAGAGGUUAAUAUUGCAUAUAGAUCUGGCAUGAUAUUCUCAGUUAUUGAUUCAAAAAUGGGAUCUUACCCAUCGGAAUGUGUGGAAAAGUUUGUGACUUUAGCCCUCAAGUGUUGUCAGGAGGACACAGAUGAACGACCUUCGAUGGCAGAAGUGGUCAGGGAACUUGAAAACAUAUGGCAGAUGAUGCCAGUAUCCGAUUCAGGAACCAACGACUCAAUGGAUAUUGAUACUAACCAUGGGAAAAAUGCGUCUUCUCAAUCUUCAUCAUCUACAACAAAGAACCCUUAUGUUUCCUCUGAUAUAUCAGGAAGUGACCUUGUUAGUGGUGUUGUUCCCACUAUAGCGCCGAGAUGAACAAAACCGCAUACAGUUUAUGUUCCUAUAGUUGAAUUUGGGUUUUUGGGUAGAGUACAUAACACAGUGAACAAUGUUAUGGGAGAUGUCUCCCCAUAUACAUGCAAGACACACUUACCGUGUAUGGGUAUAUAUCUUUUGAAGUAUAUAUCAUGUAGUAAACUUGCAAUGAUGUUUUACAUCUGCAGUUUUCAUUUUUCUGUAUAUAACAAGUUGGAAUUUGGGUUUGUAAGUACAGUUUGAGAGUUAUAAAAAUGAGUUCAUGAAUAAUCAAAUUUCUAGUU